AUGUUUAUCAAUUANGAUUAAUCUGAUUAAGAUCCAGAAUAUGUACAUUCUUCUAUUAAAAAAACCUCUUUUGAAGAAACAAGUAUAUAAUAGGUCUAUGAACCAUGGUUGAAAAAAAAUACUUUCUUAGAAGAAUUAUUAAAAAAAAAUGGUUUCUAAUUAUUUUAUAAAUAGGAGAAUUUACUUAAUGUAUAAACUAAGAAGAACUGUAAAGCGAUCUGAGCAAAAUGAGGAUUUUACUAAAAAAAUGA